AUGUUAACAGCAGCUAUCUGCUCCUCCAACCUGCACAGGAGACAAGUGGGGAUGAGCUUCCGAGGUCGGAGAAUCCCUGCCGCCAGGAAUAUGCCCAGUCCCUCGCAGAAGAUUGCCACAGUCUUAAACCUUAACGUUGGAGGCCAGAUCUACACCACAACACUGAGCACUCUGACAAGGUUCCCUGGGUCCAAGCUGGCCGAAAUGUUCCGUGGCCACACCAGAUUGCCCGUUGACUCCAAGGGCAGACACUUCAUCGACAGGAAAGGCACAUACUUCAAGUACAUCCUGGAAUUUCUGCGGACUCAAGAGCCACCAAGCCAGUUUGUAGAGGAAGUCUACCAGGAGGCACUCUUCUACGGCAUUGAGCCCCUGGUGAAGCACCUCGAGGACUUGCCAGAAAUAUAUGGAGAGCUGGUUGGGAGGCAGAAUUUUUUGGCACAGGUGGCGAAUUACAGGGAGAAUAUAGAAGUCAUUAUCCAACUAGCCAGGGCCGACACGGUGGCCGCCCGCCAAUCCAUAGUGAUGGUUUGUGUCGUCAAAAGCAGGGAGGAUAAUGCAGAGUACCUGCAGACCAUCAGCAGGCUUGGCAGCAGCAAAGACCUCAUUGUGAAAUUCGGUCCUUGGGACCCCUCCCCAACUGUUUCUGAUAUGUUGCACUGCAUCAAAAUGGACAUAGAGAAAAGGGGCUACAAGGUCUCUUACCAACCCUACGGGAUGGUGAAAAGGCCACUUUCCAAGCCGUGUAAAUUCUUCUAUGAGUUGAUUUUCACUUGGUGGUAA